GAGCAACGUCUCUCAACAGCAAGUGAGUCAUGUACCAUAGAGCGUACACGGGUCUGCCGAAAGCCUGAUGAAUUGUGGGAUUGUAGAGUUGUGUUAGUCUCUUUUAAAACUAGCUCCUUGUUACAUUCUGUUUCACUUUUUAGAAGAAAAAUGCCAGACUUACCCGUCGAAAAAGUUGUUGUUCACCCGUUGGUGCUGCUUAGUGUGGUGGAUCAUUUUAAUAGAAUUGGAAAAAUUGGUAACCAAAAGCGAGUUGUGGGUGUGUUGCUGGGUUCGUGGUAUAAGAAAGUUCUUGAUGUGUCCAACAGUUUUGCAGUACCAUUUGAUGAGGAUGACAAGGAUGACUCAGUGUGGUUCCUUGACCAUGACUACCUGGAGCAUAUGUAUGGAAUGUUCAAGAAAGUAAACGCCAGAGAAAGAGUAGUUGGCUGGUAUCAUACAGGCCCAAAACUACACAAGAAUGACAUUGCAAUCAAUGAACUCAUGAAGCAAUACUGUUCAAAUUCUGUUUUAGUUAUUAUUGAUGUGAAGCCUAAGGAUUUGGGUCUACCCACAGAAGCCUACACCUCUGUAGAGGAAGUACAUGAUGAUGGCACUCCUACAUCCAAGACAUUUGAGCAUGUGACAAGUGAGAUUGGAGCUGAGGAGGCAGAGGAAGUGGGUGUGGAACAUUUACUCAGAGACAUUAAGGACACAACGGUGGGAACCCUAUCACAGCGCAUCACGAACCAGGUGCAUGGGCUGAAGGGACUGAACUCCAAGCUGCUGGACAUCAAGAGCUACCUGGAGAAGGUGGCCACGGGUAAGCUGCCCAUCAACCACCAGAUCAUCUACCAGCUUCAGGACGUAUUCAACCUGCUGCCUGAUGUCAACCUGCAGGACUUCAUUAAGGCCUUCUAUCUGAAGACCAAUGACCAGAUGCUGGUCGUCUACCUGGCCUCCCUUAUCCGCUCAGUAGUGGCCCUUCAUAACCUCAUCAACAACAAGAUCGCCAACCGUGAUGCGGAAAAGAAAGAGGGUCAAGAGAAGGAUGACAGCAAGAAAGAGAAAAAGGAGGACAAGGACAAGGACAAGGACAAGGAUAAAGACAAGGAUAAAGACAAGGAUAAAGACAAAGACAAGGGAGAGGCCAUAGGUAAGAAAGAUGAAAAGGAGAAGAAAUAAGUGACUGUAGACAAGGAUCAACAACAGCCAUGCCUAUAUUUGAGAUCGGUGCAGGUGUUAUUUUUUAAUAAUAAAAAAAAAAUAAUAAUUUUUUCUUUAAAUUUUAUUGUGCUUCACCUACUGUUAUCAUAUGCAGUACAAGGUUAUGUCGGCACUGUAUUGAUCUUUUUUUAAUUAAGAGGACAUUUUCUGAAUUUAGUCAAAAUAAGAAUAAAGUGACAUGCAUUUUUAAAGUUGUAUUUUCCUUCAGACAAAAAAGAGGUUAGCAUCAAAAUGACAUCAUUAAAUAUGAUAGAGAAUAAUGAAAGGCCAAACGUUUUCUAAUAUACUGUAAUCCAAAGGAUUUGAGUGAGUGGAAAUGCUGUAAGCAUAUCAAUUCCUUAUGAACCUAAAGUUAUUUUAAUUAAAAAGUCCUUGUAUACCUUUUAA